AUGGCGGCCUCCAGGCACCACCAGGCCUUGAUCCGCUGCCCGGAGUUCAGGGCCCUCCACUGCCGCCUCGCCCCGCCGCUGCCAGACCCCCGCGUCGCGUACAUCGCGACGGCGAAGGUGAAGAGGAGCGGCGACGGCCGGAAGCAGCCCGUCAGCAGGGCUCAGUGGCAGCGCGCCGAUGCGCGCGCUCGCGGGGGCGACGUGCCCCAGGAUGACGCCAGGCCUGCCACGUGCGUCCUCUGGAACCCGGCCAUCGCCGACGAGGAGGAGGAGAAGGUGAGGGUCCCGGUUUCGGACGACGACGAUUGUGCCGUUUUGGGGUUGGGCUACGGCCGGAGGAGCAAAACCUACAAGCUUCUCCUGUCACGCCAACGGAAGGUGACGACGUCCUGGACGAGGAGGGAUCCAAAAGAGCUGCUGGUCUAUGCUCUCAGUGGCGUCGGCGGCGGCGGGGAGCAACCACGACUACGGACGCUGUUAUCUGAGGGGCUGGACGGAGAAAUCAGCAGCGAGUCCCUCUAUCUGGACGGCACGAUUUACCUCCUCCACGUCGACAAGGCAGUGAUCUUGGCUUUCGACGUCGACGACGAGACGCCAAGACAGAGCGCUGUGGCUGCUCACGGUGGAGCACAGUGGGAGCGGAAGUGCGUCAUCGGCGACAAGGCGUCUAGUGACAACAACCGCCUUGAUCCCUACUCAAUCACCGGCGUUUGGGACUGCGGCGGCGUGUUAUUCAUGUACUUGCGCAACAAAGAAUACGGCGACAAAGACGGCAAGCUCUGCAUGUACUGUACCACAACCAAGAAGACGAUCGAGGUAAACCUGCCGCGCAAACUGACGCCGCCGGAGGAGUGGGAGUACGCGAUGUGCUGGGGUUACAAGCCGACGCUCGUGAUUCCAGGGAGCAUUGUCGUCGGCGACGGUGAGGCCAUCAUCAGUCAAGAUGAAGAGGAGCGCCGAGUCCGGACCGCGGAUAUAAUGGCUGCCCUGUUACCGCUCAAUGAGCGAGACAGGAGGAAAGGGCACAAGGCAACGCUCCACACCGUGUGCUUCACGGAGUUCUUGGUCCGCAUCAUGCAGAAGCUGCCAGAGAACAUGAACGAAGUAGCCGAAAUGCCACUGCUGAAACCAAAAGAUUCAGGGAAGGAUCUUUACUAUUCAGAUUCAGAUCCCGAUUUGGAUUCAGAUUCAGAAUUUGAGGCUAGAUACAUGAGGUACUUCCGUAAAACCAGACGGAUGAUGAUUAUGUAUUGA